AUGAAGUUGUUGUUGGAGCCCGUGUCCGUGCCUUGCGGUCACACGUUCUGUCAAACGUGUUUGGAGCAGGCGCUGGGAUACAGGAACCUAUGUGCGGUCUGCCGUGCACCGGUACCUCCCGGGCAAUCGGUGAACAUCCUUAUCCGCAGCAUGAUUUCGGAGCAGUACCCCAGAGCUUUAGCCAGCCGGCGAAGGGAAGUUGAGGAGGAGCUGCGCCAAGCGGAGCAAAACGCAGAAGAGGAACGCCAGCGAGAGGUGGCUGGAGAUGCCCCAGCACAGACUGAAGCCAAUGGGGCUGGCGGAGACGUCAUCAUUCUACCGGUCCUCAGGCACAAGCGGCCAAUGCUUCCGCAGUGCCGAAUUGGUCACGAGCUGGACUCGCAGGGUGAACUGGUCGUGAACUUUGCCGUUCAGGGCGGCCGGCGCAUCUGCAUGAUGCUACCUGAGGGAAACUCAGGCAUUUGCAUGAACGUGGAACACCUUCGACCUGCAGGCAGGCAGGCAGCACAGGUCACACUUGUUGGCAAGUUCCGUGUCCGCCUGACCGAGCAGCCCCACCUACACGAGGACGGGUUUGAACUUGGUCGCUUCGAGGCGUACUUUGACACGCCUUUGCCGCUGAACUUGCUUGGUCGCGAGGCUCCGCAAGAAGGAGCCGACGGCGAGGAACCGGCCCCGCUGGUUGCAGAGGCUGCUAUGCAGGCUGUUGAGCGACAGCUGGAGAUGCUGGGUUCCGGAAGCAGGUAUGUCUUCACUGAAAACUGUGGGGAACCGCCUGCUGCGCUUCGCCGGAGACCGGGUGGAACAUUGACGUCGGCAGAUUUGGAGCAACUUUCCUUCUGGCUUCUGGGCGCCAUCAUGAUGCACGAUGGCGACAGGAAGAAGUGGGUGGACUCCACGGACACGCAGCAGCGGCUGGUGGCCUGUCGGAAGAAGCUCAAGGAAGCCGGGGCGCGCCCGGUUCUGAACCUUCCUGGCUCGGAUUCGUGGAUGCACCCAACGCAGUCAUCUUGGAGCAGCCUGGUACUGCUCCUGGUCGUUUUGGCCGUUCUCUUGGCAAAGGCACUCGGGCUCUUCGACAGUUGGGGACGCAACGCAUCGAGGCAGACCUUGAGCAGCCGUCGCUUCAAUUGA